GCUUUUUUCAGGAACGCCUUAUCGGAAGGUGGGCACCUGUAUAGAAAUCGAUGCUGCUUCUCUGUGUCCAAGUGUCUUAGUUCCUCCAGGCAAGAGUGGGAUGUUUCAUUCUUACUGAUACAAUUUCAAACAGCGGCGUGUACGCGGACUUUAAAGAACUAGCUUUCUCAGAGUGUAAGAAUGUAGUGUUUAUCCAAAGAUGGGGUUAUGAUACUUUUCAGUUGCAGUCUGUCCUUGAAGGAAACACUGUUUCCUGUUUACCUUAUAAGUGGCUUUAUCUGUUAUCCACCUGAUGAAUGGCUGCGCGGAUUUUCACUUUCUCAACUGUACAAAUGCAAAUUACAACUCGGUCUCUAAAAUCCUCCGUGGCUGUGCUGAAAAUCUAAAUUUCCUUAACCUGCUCUCCCCUUAUUUCGGACCCUCAAGCUUUCCUUGCAGUCCGAGGCUCUGCACCACGCGCAAACGUGCCUCUUCCCCCACGUUAACCAUGCAAGCUUUCCGCCCUCCCAAGCCCAACUCAGUGAGCCGGAGCCGCCCGCUCUUCUCAAAUCCUAUUGGGUAGAACCUACGCCUCUCAUCCCAGGGCAGGACGAGAGAAGGGGGGAGGUGGGGACGCGAGAAGAUGACGUCACGGUAGCAGGGAGGGACCUUCGGUUGCUUUGGGCUCUCCGUCCGCUGAGGGUGCUGACUGAAGACCGUUCCGUGGGCGACGCCGUCGCUAUGACCAUUUGUCAGUUCUUCCUUCAAGGCCGGUGCCGCUUUGGAGACCGGUGCUGGAACGAACAUCCCGGCGCCGGGGGUGCGGGCGGAGGACGGCAGCAGCAGCCCUCAGGUAGUAACAGACGUGGAUGGAAUACCACCAGCCAAAGAUACUCCAGCGUUAUCCAGCCAUCCAGCUUCUCCAAAUCAACACCAUGGGGGGGCAGCAGAGAUCAAGAAAAGCCAUCUUUCAGUUCCUUCAAUUCUGGAGCUUCAACUAGCAGGAACAGAGGGUUUGGAGUGUCCCAGAACCCAUUUGCUUCACCCAGCCCUGAUGGGCAGAAAGAUGAAAAGAAACUUCUGGAAGGAAUUAUAAAAGAUAUGGAAAUUUGGGAAUCAUCAGGGCAGUGGAUGUUUUCUGUUUAUUCACCAAUGGAAAAGAAACCUAAUAUUUCAGGUUUUACAGACAUUUCACCAGAGGAGUUGAGGCUUGAAUACCAUAACUUCUUAACCAGCAAUAACUUACAGAGUUAUCUAAAUUCCCUCCAACAGUUAAUAAAUCAAUGGAGAAAUAGAAUAAAUGAACUGAAGAGCCUAAAUACAUCAACUAACAUAGCCUUGCUCUCAGAUGUAAAGGAUGGAAUAAAUCAACCAGCAUCUGCAUUUGGAUUUGGCAGUACAAAUGCAGUAACAUUUGGAUCACCAGGUUUUCCAGUGAAUAACAGCAGCAGUGCUAAUGCUCAGAAUUUUAGCUUUAAACCAAGCUCUGCCCCUUCUGGAAGUCCUCCUAUGUUCGGGAAUACGCCAGCAUUUGGAGCCGCAUCCUCUGCCAGUUCUGCCAUCACUACUUCUGUUCCAGCAUUUGGAUUUGGGAAACCUGCAGUCACAUCUGCUGCUUCAUUUUCUUUUAAAAGUCCUGCAGCCACUGGUUUUGGAUCACCUGGAUUUUCAGGAUUUCCAACUUCCAUGGCAGCUGGCUCUUUUGGAGCUCCAGGGGCCCCAGCCUUUGGAAGUGGUACUUCUGUGGCUGGUUUUGGUAGUCUAGGUUCACAUUCCCACACUGCUUUUUCCAAGUCAUCUAGCAACACCUUUGGAAACAGUAGCAUAUCUACCUCUCUCCCAGUCUCAAAUGGCAGCACCACAACAGAUAACAAAUUAUUCACACCCAAGGAUCAACUCACAGCGGAAGAACUGGAGCAAUUUCAAUCCAAGAAAUUUACUCUAGGAAAAAUUCCUUUAAAGCCACCACCUACGGAACUUCUAAAUAUUUGAAAGGACAAUUUUAAAUACAGAAAAGAACAGCUCUUAAAA